AUGCGGCUUGGACUGUUUGCGGUGGUGGUUUUUCUAAGCUCGAUGAAUCUAACAGGCAGCAGCAAAGCAGCAAAGGGCAAGAGGCAAAGGCGAAUCAGCACCGAGCUGAGCCAGGGCUGCGCAAAGGGCUGCGACCUGUGCUCGGAGUUCAAUGGGUGCCUGAAGUGCUCCCCGAAGCUCUUCAUCCUGCUGGAGCGCAACGACAUCCGGCAGAUCGGUAUCUGCCUGCCCUCCUGCCCGCUCGGCUACUUCGGCCUGCGCAACCCUGACAUGAACAAGUGCAUCAAAUGCAAGAUUGAGAACUGUGAGUCCUGCUUCAGCCGCAACUUUUGCACAAAAUGUAAGGAGGGUUUGUACUUGCACAAAGGGAGGUGCUACAUCACCUGCCCCGACGGCUAUGCUGCCGCCAACGGGACCAUGGAAUGCAGCAGUCCUGCACAAUGUGAAAUGAGUGAGUGGGGCCCCUGGGGCCCAUGCUCCAAGAAGAGGAAGGUGUGCGGCUUCAAGAAGGGCAACCAGGACCGAACGCGGAGGAUCCUACAGGCACCCGCCGGGGACGUGUCCAUGUGUCCCGCCACCACCGAGGUCCGAAGGUGCACGGUGCAGAAGAGCCAGUGCCCUGAGGGUAAGCUCCUGCCGCAGGAAAAGGAAGAGAAAGGAAGAGCUAAGGCAAAUGGGAACAGGAACCAGAAAGACACCAAAGAUGCCAAGUCCGGCCCCAAAAGGAGGAAAGGCAAGCAGAAGGGCACCAUGGUUCCCAUGACGUCGGCUAGCCCGGUCCAAUAGCUGCCCCUUUGCAGGCGCACGAUGGCAAGAUUCGUUGCUGCUAUGUAUAUGAAAGCUUUAUCAAACCGGAGCACUGCGACGCAACACCCCCUGCCAGGCCAGCAGAGAUGGACAGACACCCCUACACACCCACGGAGCGGCCCCCCAGACAUGGGACCCACAUGCCCUGCGACUCCCCACCAUGCACGCAGAUGCAGCACAGGACUGCAGGGUGCAAACUGCUAAGGGGAGGAGUAAGGGAACCCCCACGGCUUUAGCAGCGGGCACUGGGGCACGCGGCGUGGAGGGCAGCGGGGCGUGCAUCCACAGGACAGCGUCUCACUGGGCAGUCAGCCGCGCAAGCCCAGGACAGCGCGGCCCCAGCCAGAGGGCUGAGACUGGGACUGGCCGGCUACUCCCCUGAGCCCUGGACUCUGGGGUGGCUGGAGGCAGUGGCCUGCCCCUCUCUUCCCUCCUCCCUUUUGUGUUCUGACCUGUAUGACUUCUUCGUGGAGAAUACCGGUUACACGUCUGUGGUACAAGUCAGCGGCAGCUGCCCUGACACUGUUUCCAAACUUUAUUUCAAAUUAAAAUAGAGGAAAA